AUGUUGGAGCACCAGUGGUCGUUGGAAGGGUACGAGUGGUCGUGUUCGAGGGGUACCAGUGGUCGUGCUGGAAUGGUACCAAGGAUCGCGCUGGAGGGUCACCAGUGGUCGUGCUGGAGGGUCACUAGUGGUCGUGCUGGAGAGUCACCAGUGGUCGUGCUGGAGGAUGUCACUGUAGCUGCACCUGUGCAAGGUGUCACUGUAGCUGCACCUGUGCAAAGUGUCACUGUAGCUGCACCUGUGCAAGGUGUCACUGUAGCUACACCUGUGCAAGGUGUCACUGUAGCUGCACCUGUGCAAGGUGUCACUGCAGCUGCACCUGUGCAAGGUGUCACUGUAGCUGCACCUGUGCAAGGUAUCACUGUAGCUGCACCUGUGCAAGGUGUCACUGUAGCUGCACCUGUGCAAGGUGUUACUGUAGCUGCACCUGUGCAAGGUGUCACUGUAGCUGCACAUGUGCAAGGUGCUACUGCAGCUGCACCUGUGCAAGGUGUCACUUUAGCUGCACAUGUGCAAGGUAUCACUGUAGCUGCACCUGUGCAAGGUGUCACUGUAGCUGCACCUGUGCAAGGUGUCACUGUAGCUGCACCUGUGCAAGGUGUCACUGUAGCUGCACCUGUGCAAGGUGUCACUGUAGCUGCACCUGUGCAAGGUGUUACUGUAGCUGCACCUGUGCAAGGUGUCACUGUAGCUGCACAUGUGCAAGGUGUUACUGUAGCUGCACCUGUGCAAGGUGUUACUGUAGCUACACCUGUGCAACGUGUCACUGUAGCUACACCUGUGCAAAGUGUUACUGUAGCUGCACCUGUGCAAGGUGUCACUGUAGCUGCACAUGUGCAAGGUGUUACUGUAGCUGCACCUGUGCAAGGUGUCACUGUAGCUGCACCUGUGCAAGGUGUCACUGUAGCUGCACCUGUGCAAGGUGUUACUGUAGCUGCACGUGUGCAAGGUGUCACUGUAGCUGCACAUGUGCAAGGUGUCACUGUAGCUGCACCUGUGUAAGGUGUCACUGUAGCUACACCUGUGCAAGGUGUCACUGUAGCAGCACCUGUGCAAGGUGUUACUGUAGCUACACCUGUGCAAGGUGUCACUGUAGCUGCACCUGUGCAAGGUAUCACUGUAGCUGCACCUGUGCAAGGUGUCACUGUAGCUGCACCUGUGCAAGGUGUCACUGUAACUACACCUGUGCAGGGUGUCACUGUAGCAGCACCUGUGCAAGGUGUCACUGUAGCUGCACCUGUGCAAGGUGUCACUGUAGCUACACCUGUGCAAGCUGUCACUGUAGCUGCACCUGUGCAAGGUGUCACUGUAGCUUCACCUGUGCAAAGUGUCACUGUAGCUGCACCUGUGCAAGGUGUCACUGUAGCUACAUCUGUGCAAGGUGUCACUGUAGCUGCACCUGUGCAAGGUGUCACUGUAGCUGCACCUGUGCAAGGUAUCACUGUAGCUGCACCUGUGCAAGGUGUCACUGUAGCCGCACCUGUGCAAGGUGUCACUGUAGCUGCACCUGUGCAAGGUGUCACUGUAGCUGCACCUGUGCAAGGUAUCACUGUAGCUGCACCUGUGCAAGGUGUCACUGUAGCUGCACCUGUGCAAGGUGUCACUGUAGCUGCACCUGUGCAAGGUGUCACUGUAGCUGCACCUGUGCAAGGUGUCACUGUAGCUGCACCUGUGCAAGGUGUCACUGUAGCUGCACCUGUGCAAGGUAUCACUGUAGCUGCACCUGUGCAAGGUGUCACUGUAGCUGCACCUGUGCAAGGUGUCACUGUAGCUGCACCUGUGCAAGGUGUCACCGUAGCUGCACCUGUGCAAGGUAUCACUGUAGCUGCACCUGUGCAAGGUGUCAAUGUAGCUGCACCUGUGCAAGGUGUCACCGUAGCUGCACCUGUGCAAGGUGUCACUGUAGCUGCACCUGUGCAAGGUAUCACUGUAGCUGCACCUGUGCAAGGUAUCACUGUAGCUGCACCUGUGCAAGGUAUCACUGUAGCUGCACCUAUGCAAGGUAUCACUGUAGCAGCACCUGUGCAAGGUGUCACUGUAUCUGCACCUGUGCAAAGUGUCACUGUAGCUGCACCUGUGCAAGGUAUCACUGUAGCUGCACCUGUGCAAGGUGUUACUGUAGCUGCACCUGUGCAAGGUGUCACUGUAGCUGCACCUGUGCAAGGUAUCAUUGUAGCUGCACCUGUGCAAGGUAUCACUGUAGCAGCACCUGUGCAAAGUGUCACUGUAGCUGCACCUGUGCAAGGUAUCACUGUAGCUGCACCUGUGCAAGGUAUCACUGUAGCUACACCUGUGCAAGGUAUCACUGUAGCUGCACCUGUGCAAGGUAUCACUGUAGCAGCACCUGUGCAAGGUGUCACUGCAGCUGCACCUGUGCAAGGUAUCACUGUAGCUGCACCUGUGCAAGGUGUCACUGUAGCUGCACCUGUGCAAGGUAUCACUGUAGCUGCACCUGUGCAAGGUGUCACUGUAGCUGCACCUGUGCAAGGUGUCACAGUAGCAGCACCUGUGCAAGGUGUCACUGUAGCUGCACCUGUGCAAGGUGUCACUGUAGCUGCACCUGUGCAAGGUGUCACUGUAGCUGCACCUGUGCAAGCUGUCACUGUAGCUGCACCUGUGCAAGGUGUCACUGUAGCUGCACCUGUGCAAUGUGUCACUGUAGCUGCACCUGUGCAAGGUUUCACUGUAGCUGCACCUGUACAAGGUGUCACUGUAGCUGCACCUAAGAACAUAAGAACAUAA